CAAUGUUGACUGAACACCAUGAAUUAUGAAAGUCUGGCCCUCCGAAAUACUCUAUGAAUUUAUUGGAUCUUAACAGAAUCUUGGGUGACAAAAAUAUAUCAAUUUAAUCCAAACUUCAGUCUCUUCAGUCAACUAUCAACGAUUGUUAUACCAUUGAGUAACUAUACUUCGUACUAAUAGUUACUCAAUGGUGAUACUUAAGUUUCAAACGUUUCAAGCCUUUGUCAUGGCUAUUCAAAACUUCCCGGGGUUAGUGACCGGAAGUAAGAUGCUGAGUAGUCAGUCAUCUCAUGAUUUUCCCGUCUUCGUAGAAGAGAAGUUAGCUACACGGGAAAAUUUUUGUGCAUACGUUCCGAUUGGUUUCGCAUACGUUUUUGACGAGGUCAGAUUUUGGAGCAAAUCAGUGACUGGAGGGAGAACUGCACGUAUCGUGCGAAUAUCCAAAUAGUAAUAGCAAUAGUUAUUCGAUAACAGAUAGGAGUUUUACUUGAUAGUACAGUUCCCACCUACUUUGACAUCAGUGCUUGACUUAUGUGUUAUUAUUUUUGCAAUUGAUCCAACGAUUAUCUCCGAUUAAUCAAUCGGUGCUCAAAUAACCGCUACGUGAAGACAAUAUUGAGAAAUAAUAUAUUAACAAUGAAGAAAAAGGUUCUUUUAAUGGGGAAAAGCGGCUCUGGUAAAACGAGUAUGCGAAGCAUAAUCUUUGCUAACUACAUCGCAAGGGACACACGAAGACUUGGGGCUACCAUCGAUGUCGAGCACAGCCACGUCAGAUUCCUGGGUAACUUAGUAUUGAAUUUGUGGGAUUGCGGAGGUCAAGAAGCCUUCAUGGAGAAUUACUUUGCUUCUCAAAGGGACAACAUAUUCAGGAAUGUCGAAGUUUUGAUAUAUGUUUUCGAUGUCGAAUCCCGAGAGUUGGAUAAAGAUAUGCACUACUACCAGAGCUGUCUAGAAGCUAUCCUACAGAAUAGUCCCGAAGCUAAGAUAUUCUGCUUGGUCCACAAGAUGGAUUUAGUGCAGGAAGAUCAAAGAGAUUUAAUAUUCCGAGAGCGGGAAGAAGAUCUCAAAAGAUUGAGCUUGCCAUUAGAAUGCACAUGCUUUAGAACCAGCAUAUGGGAUGAAACCCUAUACAGAGCAUGGUCUUCAAUCGUUUACAUGUUAAUCCCAAACGUUAAGGAGCUGGAACAAAGUUUGAAUCAAUUUGCUAAUAUCAUUGACGCUGAUGAGGUCUUGCUAUUUGAGCGUGCCACGUUUUUAGUAAUCAGCCAUUGUCAGAGACGAGUUCAUAGGGAUGUUCAUAGAUUUGAAAAAGUCUCAAAUAUUAUAAAGCAGUUCAAACUUAGCUGCAGUAAAUUGGCAGCCCAAUUUCAAAGUAUGGAAGUGAGGAACACAAAUUUUGCCGCGUUUAUUGACGUUUUCACGUCGAAUACAUACGUCAUGGUCAUCAUGUCUGACCCUGCUAUACCAUCUGCCGCAACACUAAUCAACAUCCGAAAUGCUCGAAAACACUUUGAAAAAUUGGAACGUGCAAGUCAGAGUUCAGCAUUGAGUAGAUAGAAGCUACCUCGACCCAGGCGCAGUGUCACCCGGGUCCAGUCACUUCACCACUGUUAGCAAUAACUCAAUCAUUUAAACCACAUAAUUCAAAUUGGCAGUCCUCAUUGUGAGCAUGAAAAUUGUAUAUUAUUUCCAAUUAUUGUAUCACAUUGAUCACCGUGAUACUGAACCAAUUUUUUUUAACUGUUCGAUAUAUAUACAACUAUUAUUCACGCUGGCUGAGCUAAUCAAGUGCUAAGAAGGCACUAAACUACAGGUCUGUUGUUGCUUUUUCUUUUCAUUCUGUGUUCAAAUUCGUUCAAAUUGUUCUCUCGAUAAGAAUUCCUUGUUUCUUCUUUGAUUAUGUUAAAAAUGGGAGGAAGAAUUUCACUCCAUGAGUUCGAAAUAGUUGGUUUGUUUAAACGUACAGCAUUUCUCUCUGGCUUUGCCAAAGACAUAAAUAUUUUGUAAUUAUACUAACAAUAAGUAAACUGUUCAAUAGACUUUGCUUGUAUUAUAAUCCUUAUAAAUAUCUUGUAAAAUAUAUUAUAUUACAGUUUUAAGUUUGUAAGUGAGUUUGAUACGUGUGUGCUAUUUGUGAAUUAGUGAAAGAGAUGAAAAUAACAAAAAAAUAUAUAUAGGAAAAAUAGUAAUACAAUAGAAAAAAAAAACAAGAUUCUUAAGUGAAACAGCGGGAGAUGUAAAGAUAAUUUUGUUUCCAUUAAAACACGUAUAUUAUGUAUAUUUGUACACAUAUGAUAGGCAUCUGAUCGAACUAAUUUCUAUAAUUUGUCAACAAUAUUUUGUCAUUGAAUAGUUGCUGUAACGUAUUGUUAAUAAAAAUGUAUUUUUCAAUCGUGUCAAUAAACGAAUACAAUGGA